UCGGUUUAUAGUCGGACUAUUUUUAAUGUAACACGGAGAGUUUCACAUGUGUUGCCUAGUGGGUGUUUUGCUCAAUUCAAACACUGUGAAUUUCAGGCUCUUCAUGUGGUCUCCCCUCCACUAGACUGUCAGAAUGAAGCAAACUGAGCCACAAAAGGACAGAGAGAGCCUCUAUCUGGAGGUGUCCGCUGUGAACGGAGCCGUGUCUCUACCCCUGCACUCCUCUAUCGUCCUCUUCCUCCUGUCCUACACAGAGUGCUCAUCUUUCCAUGUCUAUCUGGUCACAGAUCAAGCAGAUAUCUUGCCGUCCCUGUCAGGUCUGGUGCCCGGGGGUCUGGCUGUCUCUGACGUGAGGAGAGACGAGCUGCCAGGGCUGGUAAGGAUGUGCCGUCUGCCGGCUGCGCUGGAGCCUGGCGCUUGCUUUUGCAGAGCCGGCCUGGCUGUCGUACUGAGACACAUCAUUCAGAGAACAUGCCAGCUGAUGCCAGGCCGCAGGGAUGUAGCGUCACUCUUGGGCUUCAAGAAUACCUGUCUCAAGGCUUGUGCCGAGGUGAGUCAGUGGACUAGAUUGUGUGAGCUGGACAUUCCCUCUGCAGUGGAGGAACACUUACGAAGCCCUGAAGACCAGAUGUAUCGACUUCCUGCUGCGAUCCUGAACUUAGAGAAGAGGUUAGGGGAACCCGUCAAAGUCCACAAUGAUGACAAGAUACGCCGACAGAAGCUACAACAGCAGAAGAAGAGCGAUUCUCAUCUAAAAGGCCCUAAUACAGAGAUGGAGAGUCAUCCCAAUGAAUCACAUCCAGGUGUUGAGCUCUCUGCUGCUCUGGCGAAGCUCUCUGCAGAUGCUGUUUCUGCUCCCGCCACCAGGGAGCGCUCUGACAUCAGGAAAGUCAAGACCACAGAUCUGCCAGAGCUGGAGCAUGUGUUUGCAGAAGGGCUGUAUUUCACCCUCACCGAUGUCGUCCUGCUGCCCUGCAUCCAUCAAUACCUGAUCUCGCUCCAAAAGCACACCCCCUCCACCCUUUCCCAUCUCCCCUUGCUGCUGAGAUGGUACCAGCGUGUACAGGAGCUCCCCAGCGUACUGAGGGCCGCAAAGGAUUGUGGGAUGGCCCUCCUCAGUCUCAGCACGGCUGACCCUUGCCCUCCCCAGCCGGAGAAUCCACAACCCAGUGGAGCAGAGCAGGAAGGGCCAAAACUCAAGCAAGAGCCCUUCAUCGGGGGACCGCGACCAACUCUCACCAAACUGCAAGAGAAUGGGAUAGAUGCUGUUUACUCUGCUCACCCUUGCCCUACAUGGACAGUUGAUUGGGAGAGCCUGCCGGCAGCUGUCAACCCCACUGAAGGUAAGAUGUCAGACGCCCGCGCCGUGCGCAAACAACAACAGCUCGACAACCUGGUUGCCAUGGUGACGGAGCUGGCCCACCCCGGGCACACAGUGGUGGAUUUCUGCAGCGGGGGGGGGCACGUUGGGAUUGUUUUGGCAUACACGCUUCCUAAAUGUCAGGUUAUUCUCAUUGAAAAUAAAGAGGAGUCACUGGUCAGGGCCAGAGACCGAAGCGCUCAGCUUGGAUUGACAAACAUCGGCUUCGUCCAGGCAAAUCUUGACUAUUUCACUGGAAACUUCAACAUUGGGGUGGCCCUGCAUGCGUGCGGAGUGGCGACAGACAUGGUGUUGGAUCGCUGCCUCCAGGCGCGGGCGGGAUUUGUGAUUAGUCCGUGCUGCUAUGGGUUCAUUCAAAACACACUCAAGUUCAACUUUCCCAAAAGCGCCAGGUUUACAGAGACUCUGAGCUAUAAGGAGCACAUGGUCCUGUGCAGGUUUGCAGACCAGACGGCUGUCAGUUUACCCCCAGAACGACGAUUAAUCGGGAAGCGCUGUAUGGGACUGGUGGACUUGGACCGCAGUUGGGCCGCCGAGACUCAUGGGUAUUCUGUGAGGGUGAUGACCAUGGUCCCCGAGGGCUGCUCGCCUAAGAACAAUAUGUUGGUGGGGAUACCGACAAGAUAACACUGACUCAUGAGAAAUAGCCACGUUAUGUCAGGACUACAAAUACCUCCAUGAACGGGAGUUCACUGUUUUUUAUAUAUUCCAUGAGAUGCUUGAUGUUACUUCUUGAGUUUUUACUUUGGACAAUUUAUAUUUGUAAGCAUUUCAUUUUAAGUGAUAGUUCACCCAAAUAUUAAAAUUUUGCAGUCAUUCUGAACAAAAAUAUGUUAGUCACUCUUUUCAAAACAAUGGUAUGAUGACAAGAUUUGAAUUUUUGGGUGAACUAUUCCUUUAAUUGUUUUCCUUUGAUCCAAAAGCAUGGAUUGCAUGGAUCAAUGUAUUUGCACAUACACACUUGAAUCAUGGUUUGAUCUAAUUGUGCAAUCAGUAUAUUUGUUUUUUAAUUCCGAUUUUUAAAAGGCUUUUAAACUUGACUUCAUCUUAACAAUUAGAGGGAUUUUUAUUUCAGUAACGUCUUGAUUUACAUGCCAGGGGUUUGUUUGUAAAAAGAGUCAAAAAACCAGCAUGCCCCUCAAUAAAUUAAACAUGAUUUCAAAUGCUGUUUGCAAAUCAGACACAUUGAAUUGUGUAAACGCACCUUACACCCUUUCCUCCACCAUUAUCGUGUAUUAUGCAUAAAACAAAGGAGUUUCAAAA